CAUUCCCCUAAUUCUUGCUCUUUUCAGAUUGGUCUAUCAAACACAAAAAGCAUUUUAAAAACAUGGCAAAGGGCUAAAGAAAAUAACUGGUGGUUCCAAAGAGAGGGGAAAAGAUAUUUGCAGAACAUUGGAAUAUGUUGACAGCUGAAAGUGAAGAUUUUGUGGUACAGAGCACUGCAAGCUUCCUGAAAUAAUAUGAAGAGCUGGCUGGUCUUUAUUAUUCCAUUUCUUCUUCUGACAUCUUGUCCUUCCCAAAAUGGUCAAAGGGUGCCACCUAUUAUCGAUUUUUCUGAUGCUAUUUUACUUGAAGACUGCAGACCACCACCAAUAAGAGACCAUGAAGAACUUGCGGACAUAUCAGACAAAAAGUCCUAUUCGCAUGGGGAUGAAGUAAUUUACAACUGCCAGCCUGGGUAUAUAAAAUUUAGGCGCAUAAGAUUGCGGUGUAACAAUGGAAAGUGGGUACAAUCCACACCACAUGUGCAAUGCAGAAAAAGGCCUUGUGGGCAUCCUGGAGAUAUCAAAUUUGGAUCUUUAGAACUUGUUAAUGGUGACGAAUUUGUCUUUGGUGCUCGUGUCGUGUAUCGGUGCAAUGAAGGGUUUCAGAUGCUCAGUCCUACAGACUACCGUGAUUGUCGUGCAGAUGGAUGGAGCAAUGAGGUCCCUCGUUGUGAAGGUACCGCAAAGAACUGUGCCUAUGUCCAAAUAGAGAAUGGAUUCCUAGCUAGCAAGUAUGAACACUCUAAAAAUGACUAUUUUCCAAUCAGCGUCGGAGAUGUGAUUUCCUACAGUUGCCAUCCUGGUUUCCUGACCCCAAAUAAAGAAGAAUGGCCUAGAAUUACAUGUACCAAAUUUGGAUGGAAUCCAGAACCGAAAUGCCUCAAGCAAUGCGACCCUUCUAUACCCUUUGCACAUGGUAGAUUCGUUUUCCUAAAUCAGCAGACCUUCAGAGAGGGUGAAGAAAUUUCAUUUUCUUGUGAUGAUAAUCCAAAUCCAGAAGGAACAGCCAUGUGCACAAAAAAUGGCUGGUCACCUGCUCCACGUUGUGGCACGAAAACAAUAUGUGAAGGUCUCCUGUUGGAGCAUGGGGAUAUUCAGCCAAGAAAAGACCAGUAUCAACCCAACGAUGUUUUGAAAUUUUUCUGUCAUGAAGGAUUCACAAUAGUUGGCCCUGCUUCUGCCCAGUGUUAUCCCUUUGGCUGGUCUCCACUGCCUCCCCACUGUAAAGAACAAGUCAACCACUGUAAUCCACCAGCCAACAUUAGGAAUGGCAGUAUUGUUGAUGAUCUUCUUGAAGAAUACCAGCAUGGCGACCAAGUGGAAUAUGAGUGUAACCUCAAAUUUGUAAUGACUGGAUCAAAGAUAAUAGAGUGUGUUGAUGGAAAAUGGACACCUGUACCUUCUUGUACAGUAGAGGAAAAGAAAUGUGGUCCACCACCCAGUAUUCCAAACGGGCAUGUGGCUGGAACAGUCAGAGAAGAAUAUAUUCACGGUGAGGAUGUGGAAUAUGAAUGUGAAGAAAACUUUGUCAUCGUUCAGACCAGCUUAGCCAGGUGUCUCCAUGGACUUUGGGAAUUACCUAGAUGUGCAGAUUUUUCAACAAAAUGUGCACGUCCAAAUAUACCUAAGAAUGCAACUUUUGCAUCAGCUGUUCCUCUGAAAAGUCAGUAUGACAACAAUGAUGUCCUCAGCUACAUCUGUGAUUCCAGGCUUCGUGAAGCUAAAUGUGUUGAGGGAGAAUGGUUACCCAAACCGGAAUGCAAAGACCUCUGCCCGCCUCCACCCCAGAUUCCUAAUGCCAUUGUUGUAGCUGAGCCGAGAACCUACGAGAGUGGUGAACAGAUAAAUUUCCUGUGUGAGAAGCAUUUUGUGCUUCAAGGGCCACAGAACAUAUCGUGCGAGGAUGGCAAGUGGCAAUUGCCCCCGCUCUGUGUUGAUGUACCAACUGUCACCAUGCAGCACAGCACAGACUCUCAGAGCAACCCCAUGCCUGCAACAACUGAUGGCAUUACCAGCAGAGACCUUUUAGAUUUCUUACACACUAUCCAUGCCUCAGUAAAAUCACUCGAGAGACGCAUGGCUACGCUUGAGCAGGAGCUGCAGGAGCUAAAGAGAGAGAGAAUGAAGACUAAGUAGCAAACCACCUGCAUUCUAGAAGCCAGUCAUGAAGAUGGGAGGAGAACGUAAACAGGAACAUUAGAUCAUAGUCAUGUGACACACUGUUCCUGUAUCCAUUUCUUUUACUAAAUUGGAGGUUGUACAACAGCGCAUAGAGUGUAACAAGGACUGAGAGAUUGUGGGGGAGAGGGGGGGACUCGUUUA